AUGUCAACUAUUGUUUACGACGUCCUGUCGUCGCUGGGCCUGCUGAACAAACACGCCAAGCUGCUGUUCCUGGGCCUCGACAAUGCCGGAAAGACGACACUGCUCCACAUGCUGAAGAACGACCGCGUCGCGAUCCUGCAGCCGACCCUGCAUCCGACCUCGGAGGAACUGUCGAUUGGCAACGUGAGGUUCACGACCUUUGAUUUGGGCGGUCAUCAGCAAGCCCGUCGUCUCUGGAAGGACUACUUCCCCGAGGUCAACGGCGUCGUCUUCCUGGUCGACGCCAAGGACCACGAGCGCUUCCCCGAGGCCAAGGCGGAGCUGGACGCGCUCCUGUCGAUGGAGGAACUGUCCAAGGUGCCCUUCGUGGUCCUGGGCAACAAGAUUGACCACCCGGACGCCGUCUCGGAGGACGAGCUCCGCCACCAGCUGGGCAUGUACCAGACGACGGGCAAGGGCAAGGUGCCGCUCGAGGGCAUCCGGCCCAUCGAGGUGUUCAUGUGCUCGGUGGUUAUGAGGCAGGGGUAUGGAGACGGCAUCCGUUGGCUGUCUCACUUCGGCAAUUAG